AUGUCAAGCAUCCACAAACUCAAACGAGCCUUACACUGGGUUCAAACCCCAAUAAUCAUCAACGCCCCGAUGAGUGGCGCGGCAACCAGCGACCUCGCAGUAGCUGUCACCCGUGCAGGCGGACUAGGGCAGAUCGGCUUCCUAGACAGCAAACGUUCUCUGGCAGGGCAGCUCGAACGAGCCAAACACCAACUACAAGACGUCAUGAACACGCGCAAAGAUACCCCGGAGCCUGUACUUCCAGUCGGCGUGGGGAUGAUAGUCUUUGAUUCUCCGGUUACGCAUUGGCUUUCACUCUUUUCCAAGUACAAGCCGGCUGUAGUCUGGUUGUCUUUCGCUGCGACAGACGAAUUCAAGCUCUGGACGGAGGGGAUCCGAAAGGUGUCACCGUACACUCAGGUCUGGAUUCAAGUGGGCAGUGUGAGUGCCGCAGUGGAAGCUGCUCGGGUUUGUCGCCCGGAUGCCCUGGUGCUCCAGGGGAGUGAUGCCGGUGGACAUGGACAUGCACUUGGGGCGAGUGUUAUCUCGCUUUUACCUGAAGUGGCGGAUGUGUUGCGAGAUCGGGGCAUUGAAGAUGUUUCACUCAUUGCGGCUGGGGGCAUUAUGGAUGGGAGAGGUGUUGCUGCUGCGAUGAUGCUCGGUGCUGCUGGGGUGGUGAUAGGGACGCGGUUUCUCGGGGCUGAAGAGACGGAGUUGCCGCAUCAGUUUCGGCAAGCGGUUUUUGAUGCUUCGGAUGGUGGACAAGCUACAGUGAGAUCGAGGGUCUUUGAUGAGAUGUGGGGACCUAGUCCAUGGCCGGAGUUGUAUGAUGGACGAUGCUUGAGGAAUAGCAGUUAUGACUACGUCAAGAGAGGGAUGAGUAUGAGUGAUAUGCGGAUACAGUUGCACCGCGAUCUUCAGGAUGCUCGGGGCCAGCAGCUCGACUUCAAGGAAACUGUCACAGUUUGGGCUGGCACGGGUGUAGGCAUGGUUAAGAAGAGUGAGAGGGCAGCUGAUAUGGUUGAACAAGUGCAGUCUGAGGCACGGAGAAGGCUGCAAGAUGCAAGUUCUUGGCUCUAG